AUGGUGCCGUCACCCUGGGCUGGGCUGUGUAGAGUGGAGUACGGGGUGAUGCUGCCCAGAUGCCCCAGCACAUCAAGGGGCAAGAUUGAGAAAGGAAAGGCCUUGACUGAGCCCAUCUGCGGGCAGGUGCUGGAGAGCACAGGCUGUGAGGGUGACAGUUGGGCUCAGCACCUUCAAAAAGUGGCAGGGCAGACCCUCUCGGUGAGGUGCCAGUACCCGCCCAAGGCCAGGACCUACGAGCAGAAAGGCUGGUGUAAGGAGGUGUCCGCGCUCAAGUGCACCAGGCUGAUCGCAAGCUUCGGCCCCCGCGUGCUGGCUCAGGCCUCUCGGUUCUCAAUCUGGGACAACCCGGGCUCUGGCUUCUUCACUGUCACCAUGACUGGUCUGAGGGAGGAAGACUCAGGGCACUACUGGUGUCGAAUCUACCAUGCUUCCAGCCGCUCUGUCUCCAGGUUUAUGCGGUUCUAUCUGCUGGUGUCUCCAGCUGAGCCCCUUUCCUGGGGUCCCCUGGGGGAGCCGCAAUGGAAAAUCCUGAUGGAACUCAGGAGUCUCGACGCCAAUAAAACCACCUGCCACUUUCAGCAGCAGGUCAUUGACCUUCUCUGGACCUGUUUCCUCACCCGUAGGGAGAUGCAUAUUACCUCCACACUGUUGUGA